UUUCCGAACAGUGGGUGAACUCUGCAGCCAUUUCUCAUGUCGCCCUCUGUUUCGUUUUAAGCUUUGUUUGACAGAAGUGAUAGUUGUGCUCAACAGAAGCGUUCCAGUAACACCGAAAUAUAUUUUUUUCCUUCAAAUUUUCUUGGCUGGCAAUCACGCCAGCUGAAUGUGAUCGGGAUGGAUCCAGCAAGCCGAUAUCAAGUGUUGCACAAUGAGGAUGACCCCUCAGAGCCCUCUACCAGUGACCCGCAGCCCAGUACUUCUGCCACAACUCAAGAUGACACGUUCCAGGGAGUGAGCUAUUCCCAGCCCUGCCCAGCAUCUGCUGAAGCAUCAGGGCAGGCUUCAGGAGUGAGAGCACAGGGAGAUGCAGAGGCACCUCCACCGCCUUAUGCCACCAUUGAUCUGGGAGCAACCGCUUCCACCCCUGAGUCUGGUUUCGAAGGUGAUUUCCCAGUGCCUCCACCUUACAGUGUUGCCACAUCACUGCCCACGUAUGAUGAAGCAGAGAAGGCCAAAGCAGCUGCAAUGGCUGCCUCCACUGUUGAUACGAUGCCAAGGGAUGAUGAAUUCCCUCCUAGAGAUGAUUUCAGUGAUGCAGAUCAACUUCGAGUGGGUAAUGAUGGGAUCUUCAUGCUAGCCUUUUUCAUGGCCUUCUUGUUCAACUGGAUUGGAUUUUGCCUGUCCUUCUGUCUGACCAAUACCAUCGCUGGGCGCUAUGGAGCCAUCUGUGGGUUUGGUCUUUCACUAAUCAAGUGGAUUCUCAUUGUCCGGUUCUCUGAUUACUUCACCGGCUACUUUAAUGGUCAGUACUGGCUCUGGUGGAUCUUCCUGUUGCUCGGUCUUCUCCUGUUCUUCAGAGGUUUUGUCAAUUACCUAAAAGUCCGCAACAUGUCGGAGAAUAUGGCCACGUCCCACAGAACACGCCUUUUUUUCCUCUACUAAAGUUCAAACACCGUCACCAUUCCUUUCCAAUGUGAAGUUCCUUCCCUCAUCCCUCAAAUGACCUGACCGAUGAGCUUUGCAGUGAAGAGUGGACAAGGGAAGGAAUGAAGGAAAGAAGUAGGGAGAGUUACUGGUUUCAUUAAAAUCAUAACAUGACUCACUCUGAGGACUCCCGACGCAAGAUGAACCAUGUCUUUUAUCUGACUUCUUAUUUCUCCAUUUCCUUUGAUUUUUGUCUUGAAUCAGUCUCUUCUGGGAUCUUGUAAAAUUCCAGGCCCACAUUAUGUGUUGUGUAACUGUAGAAGCCCAUCUACACUUAAUAGAACCGGUUCUACAAAAAUUACACUUUCUAUGAAGCCUGCUAUUCUAAAUUAGAAUAUUGCUAAUGCAAUUUAAAAAAUAUAUAUAUGUGUGUACUUAAAGUCAAAAGUGGGGGAAAAUAUUGCAGGUACAAGUGAUUAACCUGAUCAGAUUAUUCAAAUCCUAAAUGUUCUGACAUCAGUCAAUAAAAUUAGGUCUUUGUUCAUUAAGUGUGUCACUUAGUGACACACAGUGCUACAGUUAUAUCUAGAUCUUCUGUGUGGAAAAAGGAAAAUAAUUUUUGAAAUGUGUAGAAGAUGCAAUGAAGAACUGUUAGUUCAUUUAAACCAAAGUAGUGAUAAAUGGUGUGGCGGUCAGUGUUUGAUCAAGGAAGCUUGGCGCCUAAGAAAAUCUAACUUCAUAGUAAUGGGGAGAGAUUCAGUCUGUUCUUCCCUACAGCAUUUCUUGGCUUUUCUCCUAGUUUCAAACUGGCCUGUAAGAAAUUCUGUGCAUUUUCUUUCAGCCUUUCUAGACGUGCUUUCUGCACUUUUCAAUAGAAGUUGAACUUGGAAUGCCCGGCUUCACCAUUCUCUCUUAAGAUUUUGAAUUCUUCUUACUAUGACCUUGAUGUAGCAUUUUCAUGCCCUGUUAAAUCUGCAUCUUGGUGAAAACCAGCCACUUGUGCUCUUGUUCAUAUCUCAACCCUGAAAAGGCUGAAUAAACAGACACAGGGAGGGGAGGGAAAUGAAGGUGUUUCUCACAGACUCCUGGUGCAUGUUGUUUUGAAAUGAAACCGGACUCUAGACUUUCCUAAUUGUUGUUUCUGUUGACAUUUUCCCUUAAUCUAGUCUUUUUGUUGUCCAAGAGCAGUUGGCUCUCAAAGUGUGACACACUGUCAUAAUCGGUGCUGUUCUUUUUGACGCACAGCCUUUCUCAACAGAUCAGUUAAAUCUAUAUCAGCCAUUGAAAUUUUGAGUUUUGGGACAAAUACAAUAUCAUUGUGAUCUGACCUGUCAAGUAGCAGCUUCCAUCUCUCAGAACGUUGAAGGGGGGGUGCAUCUAUGUCGCUGCAGUUUCACCAUUUCUAGGUUGCAUUCUGCAUCGCUCAAAGACGGAACACAGUAUUUUUUCUGUGUUCCCGGCUGCUGCCUGUUGAGUUAAUGGCGGGUUUCCUGACCACCAUUUCCUGCCGACGACUGGAAAUUCCUAUUGAGUUGUUGAUUCAGCACCACAGCCCCGGACAUGCAGCUGUUAUUUAAACGACAAACAAUAAUUACCUGAAUAGUCAAUAGUCAGUCCUUUGAAAUCUUCCUCAAGCAUAGUUGGUUCUCUUGUCAUCCUGUUUUUUUCCUCCAACUCCACAUUGAUUGCCAAAAAAUUCAGAUGAAACCAUAUUGCAAGCUGCCAGUGAGUAAUUCAUUGGGGGACGGGCUUCGGAUAAGUGUUUUGUUUUAGGCCCAGCAGCAGAAUUGCUUAGGGAGUGAACCUCAUAUGCAUCCUACUGCUUUGUUGCUGUGGAAUUGGUAAGUGUUUUACAUGCAGUAAUGUGUAACGUGCCAGGCUUGGAUAAAGUCCUUUGGAAAAACAAGUCUUAUGCAAUUUAGCUAUUUGUAAUUGUGGGUGUAAAUUCCUGUGAUGAUGAAAUAGAUGUAGUUGAUAGUUUAGUUUGGUUCAUUGGAGAUUCUAGUCCCAGGAGAUCUGAGAUCCAGUGAUCAGUUUGGAUCUGGAGAAUAGUUAUUUUUUAGGUAAAGCUGAGGUGCUAUUGAAUAAUCACACCUCUCACUAUGACAGCACAGCGAAAAUAAUCAAAAUCUGCAGGAUGUUAGAUUUCUAAUGCUUGAACUUCCUAACUAGUCUAUUUUUGCUUGUUGGAUUUAACCUCGGAUGCACAUAAUUUAGUCUGAAAAUUGAUCAAAGUUAAUGCAAUAAAGUGUUUUCUGAGGCUUUGAGUUAAAUGUAUUAGAUUGUGCACAUUUAACGAAAACUGGUCAACAUGCAGAUCUCUGUCUGGGAUUUAGACUUUUUAGGACUACAUUAGUGUUUCUGGCCUUCUUUUUUGUGGAAUGAGAAACUUUUAGUCGCAAUGUGAUGUAGAUCCAAAUGCAAAGGUUAAGACUGCAAUUUGUAAAGGAGGAGGAGGAGUGGGGAAAAAAAACAACUUUUGUUGCUUGUAUAUUAUAGUGAAUGUAGUUUGGGCAAAACUGUCCAAUGUGAAAGGAGCUCGAGUAUUCUGAUCAUAUGAUGUGUAUCAAGAAAAUGGAGAACAAUACAACUUUUUUUUUUUUAGAGCGUUUUCAUCCAGAAAAUGAAAUGUACAUACCAGCUUAUACCAAUUCACAAUAUUUGCACUUUGAACAACUUAUGUACAGUAUGCGAUUUGUGAAACUUCUUAACCUCAUGUGGGUAUUUAAAAAUACUGAUGAAAGGAGAAAAAAAAUUAAUCCAUCCAUGUUUUUCAACUGGAACUGUUAGUCAUCCCAAAUGGAUAAUUUGCCUUUUGCACUAUAAUUUUCAAAUUAAUGUUAUUGUGUCUUGUUUCAUUGCUUUUAGCCUAAACUGUGACAGCUUCAGCAUUGCCAAACGUUUGAUACUGAUGGUUUUCACUGGUCAUAGUCCAUGAAAGCCUCUCAGCAAUAUCAAGAUCAGCCAAUCAGAGCUCAGCUGCAUGAUUUAUCCAUCUGGAUGAAUGGGUGAAUAUUAAAACUCCAGGUAGUAGAGCUGGUUAUAAUUAAGGAAAAUUACACAGCAGCCAUUUUUUUUUUCUUUUUUGCUCCAGAAUGAUCCUUGUAUGAUUCUCUGGAACAGUUGUUAUGCAUUUAUGUAACUGGAAUAAAAUGGAUAAUGUCUUGCAAAAAUUUCAAUAAAGUU